GUUUGAGCUACUUUGUAGAUCAACUGCAAAAACAAAAGAAUUACAUUUCCCAUCGUCAAAUUUUGAUUAAUUCCAUGAACCUUCUCGCAAGUAUAGCUUCUUUCUGGAGCACCAACCACUACUCAUAACGUUUGCUUUGUCUUUUCAUCUGUCUGUGCGCCCCUCAACGUACGUCUCAAAUUUACAAUCCGCAACGCUGCAAGCAACCGCGUGUCGAAACGAACCUGCGCAAAGCGUUACACCUAAACCCGAAAGCUUUUAUCUAGAUCCCCCCGCCGCAGACUUUCUAAAAAAGAAAAGAAAAAAUCUUUGCCCAACAUGUCUGCAACAGCUUCACAACCACCUGUGGUCCCUCCUCGUCCGUCUCGGAGUCAAGAUAAAGACCAAAUCCCAAAGAUUCCUCCGCGACCUAUCAAGUCGCGGGUUGAACGCUCCAUGUCUCCUAGCCGGGAUCGCUUUGCGCCCUCGCCGCUCAAUGACCGUUUUGGGGCUAAGAGUCCUAUGAGCCCUCGCUUCGGCAACAACUUGAAUACCAACAAUGGUGGCUACAGUGUCUCGCCUGACCCAAUCGACCGCUCGUCCAGUGUCGACCUGCCCUCGCUCGGCGAGGAAGGCAGGGAAUAUGCCGCCAUGGCUGAGGAGCUAGAGUCGGGCAAGGAGAGGAGUGUAUCUCCCACUCAGACUCGCAACGUGGCUGAGGACCUCAAGCUGCAUGCUCCCAAACCAUCUCACCCUGCCGUUAGCGCUAAGCAGCGUGUUGCUGCCGUCACUCGCACCGACUCGGACCGAGCUGCUAGCUUCGGCAUCGGCAAGCCGAGCAACGAUGAGCCAGCUUCGUCGAAUCGCAGCCUCAAGAAGAAAGCCAGCACUAUCAGUCAGAUGUCGGCUCGUUCUGACAGCCAUGCAGACGACGAGCAUGGCAUUCCAGAGAUCGGCAAACAGGUACCCAUGUAUCCCAAUGCUGGCGACGUUCAGGCGCCCUCGCCAGCCCCAGGCUCGAUGUUGGGAUCGGAUAGCCAGAGGCCUAAGCAACACCAUCGGAGGCCUAGCUCUCGGGCUGAUGCUCCCCCCGGAAGCUAUGGUCUGCAUGGCCAUGGCAUCAAGUCCCAGGACAAGCUUGACUUGGCCUACUACGAGAAGCACCCAGAGCUCAAGCACAAAGAGCGUCAGCCUCACCACCAUGACCGUCCCAAUGAUUUCUCCAUGAGCCGCGAGGAGCUCAACAAAAUUGUUCGCGAUACGGCGAACAACCGAGCGUCUGGUCACGACUUCAGUGCUCCGCCUGAGCAGGCUGGCUGGGAGGCUAUUGAGGAAUCAACCUCGCGCAUUGCCUCUCCCAAGCCCGUGGCAAGCGGCUCUAACUCACCUGUUCUCACGCGGGGAGGCACCUCGCCUGAGGCGAGCAAGAGCAACGAGAACGUGAUCCAUGUUCACGAUCCUCGUAGGAAAUCUGGUCAGUUCGAUGCCAGGUCUCCCGGUCUCCCCAACGAGAGCGACGAGGAUGGUCGAUAUAGCGCCCCUAUCCUUGCCGAUGAUGAGGUUUCCAAGGAUGUUCCCUCAUUUGACCUGCACCCUGCCGUUGAUCCUGGCCCUGAGCGUACUGGCAGCGCCUUCGAGAUGGAGCCGUCUAGUCGACCCAAGAGUCGGCCUGCUAGCAUCUAUCGGGAGUCAUCGCAUGACAUCCGCUCGACUCCGCUCGAGGAUGUGAAGGAGUACGAGCCGCUCUUCCCUGAAGAAGAGAAAUCUGGAAAGGAGCUCCCCAAGCCAGAGUCUCCUAAAAUUGCUAGGAAAACUGAGGAACGCAAGCACAAAUUUCCCAGCCGGGACAUAUGGGAGGAUGCCCCCGACAGUGUCCAUGGCACUGCUGAAGUAUCGACUCCUGAUGUUCAGGAGGAGCAGGACGACCAUGAAGAUGAGGGUCGCAUUCCCAGGGCAAUUCCGCCCAGGGAUUCUGACACUCCCGCUCAGGCAUUUGCCCGUAGACAAGAAGAGUUGGCAGAGGCCGAAUCGAGAAACAACCCCGAUGCAUUCUUAUACAGGACCCAGAAGCCUUCUUGGGUGCAGGGGCAGUCACACCUCGCUAAGGAAUUCACAUCCCGUUCAUCUUCGGCACAGUCGGGCCACUCGACACACCAAUUUCCCAGCCGUGACACGUGGGAAGACACUCCCGACAGCCAGCUGCUCGAGACCGAGGUUUCCAGGGAACAGGAUGAGGACGAGGACGAGGAGGAUGAGGAUCAACAGUCCACCAUGGAGCCAAGACAGGCUCCCGAGAUGCCUCAGAGACCUGUUAGGAAAUCUACAGAUCCUUCGGAGAAACCGGCAAUUCCUGAACGACCGAAACCAAAGCACACUUCGAGUGAUGACGGCAGUGUUUCAAAGCCCACUAUUCCGGAGCGACCCAAGCCUCAGGUCCCAGCGCGUCCCCAGAGGCAAUCAUCUGGCUCAAGUAGCAAAGAAGCAGAGCCGGCCGCUCAGGUUACCAAGACCAAGCCGCCGGUUCCAGCUCGGCCAGUUGGUGGAAAGAUUGCUGCGUUACAGGCAGGUUUCAUGGCUGAUCUGAACAAACGACUCCAGCUUGGGCCACAAGUUCAGAAGCAUGAGGAGCCGGCCAAGGAGGAGGAGCCCCCUGUUGAGCAGGAGAAGGCGCCACUCGUUGAUGCGCGCAAGGGACGUGCGAGAGGUCCUCAGAGGCGAGCACCUGCCAAGAGCCCAGUUCCUCCCGCUACCUCUGCUGCUCCCGAGAAAGAGGUAGUCUCAUUCUCGUUCUCUACGCCGAUCAGCUUCUUCUCAAUCGAUCCUGAAGAAGGUGUCGUUGCGAUCGGGGGCAAGGACGCAGACAAAGAAUCAUCGGCUCCUGACCAGGUCUUGGCUGCCAAGACUGAUACACCUGUUCAGGAGGCUGAGGCUGAGAAGGCAGAGACGUUGAAGCCCACCGAGAUGGAGCAGCCAGUCACUGAGAAACAAGAUGCCGUUCACAACGACGUCAAACCUGAAACUCUGGUAACCAACAUGGCUGGCGAGACUUUGGUCGAGGUCGAUGUUGAAAAGACUGGCAAGAAAGUGGAGCCUGUGAAUGUGGAAGAGGGUCAGCUGGACAACUAAGGUCUGAUUUCGGGCUGUUCACUCGUUACCAUCCAACUUCUCAGGCCACCUUUAGUCCAGUCUUCGUCUCGGGAUGUUCGUUCCUUUUCUUGCCAGUUGGGACUGUCGGUAGCAGGACAUGAUUGACAUCCAUGCGGUGCUAUCCGCAAGGUGUGCGACUGAAAUGCGCUCGGGUCAAAUUCACCAAGAGCUGAGACGUGUGUGACUAACAGGUCACUUUGGUGGUUGUCAGAUGCACUUGUGGGAUCGAUAUAGAUAGCUUUGCUUCAGGUCUUUCUUUGAUUUCGCAUUAAUGUUGAACACUUCUCUGCCUGGUUUCAGGGGGCUGGCUCAGCCACAUGAAAUCUGUGGAGCUUUGAGAUUCGGCUUUGCGUUUGCCUUGCUACAUCACAGAUCAUUCCGAUACUAACAAAUCAAUUCCUAUGAACAGGGUGUAGAAAGGGGAGUAGGUAGAUAUGAGGGUCAAGAGAGGUAAGUCGUCUGAUCCGGCGAGAACUAGACACCCACCUCACACUCGUGUCCUACAAAUCGUGGCGAGUAUAAUCGACGGCAACGAUGUUGGCAUGACUUGCACCUGUAGGCAACUUUAUAGACUGUUCGUAACACAUACAUACUAGCUCUA